CCGUCGCUUAGCACACACCUCGCAUCAGUCACAAACGACUCAAGGACGGUGCCCACACCUGAGGAUCUCUGCAAGCCGUCUGUUCUGGGAACGAAUUGCAGCUUGGGAUUUGCGCAUCUUUCUACCAGCAACUGUAUACUUCACCUGCCGCACUGCAAGCUGCUUCUGGGACUGAGAUGGAGUUAUGAGACAACCUUCGUCGCUGUAUGAGCAUUUCUGAAGUGUGGGCGUGGCGAUGGCGGCGCUGUGGUGACAUGUGGGAGGUGGCGGCGGUGCGCUGGCUGCUGCUGGCGGCGGCGGCGUUCGCGCUGGGCCUGCUGCUGGGGGCGGCGCUGCCCCCGCUGCUCGUGCCCGCCGCCUCUGCGCCGCCACCCGCCCUCUACGCCGCCUCCGCCGGCGGCGGCGCCACCUCCCCGGGCCGACAGCGCCUCCGGCCCCCGUCGUCCACAGCGUCUUCGGGGACGCUGCCGCCCCACGCCCCCGCCAGCCUCAUCGCGGCCACCGGUUCUGACGGCGCCGUCUCCUUCGUCGCCCCACCUCCAGGGCGGCGGACGGUGGUGGAGGAUGGCGUGUACUGGGGCGCGCAGGUGGAGUCGUCGCUGCCCCCGGGCUACGGGGACGCCGACGCGGAGCGGUGGCGCCGAUACGCGCGCUCUGCGCCGCUAGCGCGCCUCGAAGCCGACGGCUGCGGCCGCACCUACAACCGGCUGGCCGUCUUCGCCGACGGCGAGCGCGCCUGCUGCCGCUACCGGCAGAACAUCGACCAGCUGCAGGGAGAGGUAUUCAGCUACCUGCUGGCGCGGGAGCUGGGGCUGCCGAACCUGCCGCCGGCCACGUGGCAGCCGGUGCGCGCGCGGCAGCCGCGGUGGUCGCGCGUGCGCUCGCAGCUGGCGCUGGCGCAGUGGGCGGACGGCUGGCCCGUCGUGCUGACGCGCUUCCUGCCCGAGCUGCGCCCCGCGCACAUCCCGCCGCUGCUGCGCGGGCCCGCGCGACGUCUCCACCCGCCGGACGCGCGCGCCGCCAACGCCACCGACCUGCCCGAACUGGCGCAGUGGUCCGACCUGCUGGUGUUCGACUUCCUCACCGCCAACCUCGACCGCUUCAUCAACAACCUGUACAACCUGCAGUGGAACCCGGCCAUGAUGGAGGCUCCCGCGCACAACCUGGCGCGCGACUCGCGCACCGGCCUGCUCGUCUUCCUCGACAACGAGAGCGGCCUGCUGCACGGCUACCGCCUGCUCGACAAGUACGGCCGCUUCCACGCCGACCUGCUGGCCGCGCUCUGCGUCUUCCGCCGGCGCACCGCGGACGCCGUCAAGCGGCUGGCGGCCUCCGGCGACGUCGGCGCCGCGCUGGAGCGCCGCUUUCGCCGCGCGGGCAGCGCCGCCGACGGCGACGACGCGGAGACCAACGAGGUGGACGCCCUGCCGCCGCUGCCCGAGAAGAGCGUCCAGAUCCUCAACGAGCGGCUGCGCCUCGCAGCCGACCACAUUGAGGCUUGCGAGCGGAGGUACGCGUAGCACAAGCCUCCUGGGGCUCCCGCCGCACGCUGCCUCGCCGGCUUCUCGCCACUCGACUACUGCAGUCAGAAGCGGGUCUCACAGUCGUCGCAAGACUGUAGGGAGGACGUCUGCUCUCGAAGCACUGAGCGCCUCGGCCACCACUGGACGAACGACGUCUCUUCCAGUGAAGCCAACCCGAGUUGACUCCUUUCUACGACAUCCGUGAUCACCUCCACGCAAGUCCUGUCAUUAGUUUCUGAGAUUUCCGAUAUCUCAGACCUUUUAUGUGGCUACCAUCAGCAUACAAAACAACGAAUUCGCCAGUGUUUUACUUGUGAUGAACUGUCUGUGUCAUCUGGAUACUGGAAAAUUCUGCUUCCUUUCGUCUACUUGCUGUGCAAUUCUCGACAGAAGAGUCGUGUUAUCUCUGCUUGUAUGUCAGUGCAUGUGUGCAAGAACUGUCCCUCAUUACACACAUUAUAAUGUUUCGAGUUUGACAGAGGUAGAGUAAUGGCAAAGGACAGGUAGACGAUUUCUCUGUACACGAACUUUGUCCCAAUACGCAUUGACCUGGUGUGGUUACCAGUACGAACAUUCGAAAGCAGGCUCUUCCACACUUACAGGUCUCUCUCUGGUUGAAACAUUCCAGAGCAAAGGGUACGAAUAUCUCGAAGUGGAAACGUAAACAGUAUAGUAAUUAUCUACUGCAGCUGUGGUACGCAAAGUCGUAGUGGAAAUUUGGGAAAGUAUAUACACAAGGCAUAGAUGAGAGGCAGAAUUGUUUCUCAAUAAUCCCUGCCACCAAGGCGCAUUCGAAGUGUACGGUUACGCCUCGGUUAGUGGCACGCUCAUAAGUUACUGGUACGUGGAAGAGCGCCAUUUCAGUGCACUUGGGGCUAUGGACAGCCGCUCUUAUGUGCCUGACUUUCCACGUCUGCAUUCUGUUUUCUUGGAGCUACCGACAGGACCAGAAAGCGUGACGCAAUACUGGCACUCUUCCAGGCGCUGUGUGGUGGUCCUCCCAUUGUCCAGGCCCGCCGGAGAAAAUGUCAGGGGUGACCGGAGGAAGUGCGCAAGAGACAAUACCGUUUUUCUACGGCGCGGGCGACACAAAAGGACGCCGCCGUGCGAAGGCAUACAGCGGAGGCUGCAGCGUCAUUAAAACUGUGGUAGGCGCCCGGCGCGCUGCCUCUGACAGGCUUCCAUUGUUGACGGCUUGCGGAGACGAGUAGGUCGCCAGCCAGUGGGAGGGACUUGGGGCCGUAGCGAAGAGGCGGCAUCCAGCGACUGCUUCCUUGGCGGAAGAUAUUCGAGUGACAAAGAGAACAAACAAAGAGAGAUAGAGAGAGAGAGAGAGAGGUUAUGUGUGUGUUGUGUGCGUGUGAGGCAGAAAGAAUCAGUGUUGCAAAAACACAACUACUGUCUAUGUAAUAAACCAAUUACACCAAGUCCGCUAGGCGGAAUUAAGGUAGCAUCAAAUGCUCGGCACAGCACAGUGUGUGAUAAUAUUGUAUUCGCUAAGCUACGUUAAGCAUUCGACGUUUUAUGUACUUGCUCUUCAGUGGUUGGUAAUCAAAAAUAAUACAUGAACGCUGUUUUUGUUAAUACAAGUGCCUAUCUCCUUGUCUUUCAAAAUUUAGCCUCCUCUCUUUCAAACAAUUUGUUUAUGUACUAGACCAGAUGGGUUACUCUUUUACUGUAUCUUAUCUAUAAAAGAUACCAUACUAUUGUACGCUUCACUCUAAAUUUUUCAAUCCUUCAAUCUCGGAAAUACUCGGAUUGAGUCUAACUGAACUGUUUAAAGUCCUUUAUUUUCAUAAAGUGUGCAGAUAAUGACCCUCUUGUCGUCUUCCCAUCUCUGGUGUCCAGUUAAAUAAUGACGCCUAUUGACGGUUGCAGUGAUGAGCAAGAUGGUAAUGUUUGUAGAUUAUAUUUUUUUGACUGAUUGUAAGAUAUAUCUCAAGACUUUUGCAUUGCCAACAGAUGUUCGAAACUGUUCUGAGGAUUAGACUGUAAUCUACUUACACUUGUUUCAUAUACGAAUCGUUGAUUAUAAUAAAUUUUUAUGUUGUACAUUAUAACGUUCUUGUAUAACCUGUUGUCUUUUUCUAUUGUGUAAAGUAUUGUCUACUUAUAUGAAACAGUUAUGUAAGAUACAGAGGAAUAUUUUUAAAAGAGACUGUGACUGGACCAAUCCUUCUCUGAACUGCAUUCAACUUUUUGUAUUGAUAAUUGCAGGCAGUGUUUCUGAGAGAUCAUCUGGAACUUUGCAUCAGUAUGGUAAUGCCUCCUGAGCGAUGGUGAACCAAAGUGAGGUUUUACAGAUUUAUAUUUGUAAUUUAUUUCAAAUAUACGAUUUACCACGUA